GGUGGGAACAUACCAGCAUUAAUACAUUAACACAACUGAAGUCAUGCUGGCAAUAUGUCCAUCAUAAACAUACCUGAUUGUUGUACUGACCUUGAAAACAGAGACACUUCCUCACCUUACUCAACGAGAAGACACAGCUAUGUGAUGACCGUACACAGGCGCAGUGGAUUGAGGAAAGGGUCGCCACAAUUUUCGUUUGGCUCAGAGUGAGUUGCUGCAGCUGCUUUUCUUUAUAAAGACAUGAAGUACAGAUCUGUGGUGAUGUAUAUUGAAAUAGGCUGCUUUGUGGCCUGUGUGUGUGGAUGGAUCCUGGUUUGUGCGACACUGCCGAUACAAUACUGGACAUAUUCUGAAGUGGCUACUUCAGUCCUCACCAACUCUCACACGUUCUCCAACCUUUGGAAAGACUGCAUGACAGACCUGACUGGGAUGGUGGACUGUAAGGUGUUUCCAUCGUUGCUGUCUUUACAAAUGUACAUCCAUCUGUGCCGAGCCACGAUCUUCACCUCUAUAGUCCUUGGAUUCCUUGGAGCUAUCCUGGCACUGAUAGGCAUGAAGUGUACCAAACUCGGAGGGUCUGAAAUAACAAAUUCAAAGAUUACAUUAGCAGCAGGGAUGAUUUAUCUUGCAUCAGGUCUUUGUGCUAUGUUUGCUUUCAGCUGGUAUGGAAAUAAAAUUAUUACAGAGUUUAUGGAUCCCACACAUCGGACCAAAAAGUUUGAGCUUGGGGUGGCGCUGUUUGUUGGAUGGGGCGGCUCGUCACUUCUCAUUAUUGGGGGGCUAGUAUACAGCAUCUUUGGAGGAAGGGAAGGCUGUGAGGCAAGCCCAAUCGACCAGGAGAAACUGGUGUACUCUACAUCCGGAGCGCCCUCUCCUGACAUGCUUGAAUCAAUCCAAGAGGAAGAGAAACAGCCAUCUUCACCGCUUCCUUCCAUCGAAACUGAGCAGACGGAAGACUCAGAAAAACCUCUGGGUAAAGCCUACAACAAGGGAGAAUAUGUUUAGACUAAUUUACGUCACUGUACACUUUCCUUUUAUUAUUUCCUUAAAUUGAGGAGUACAGUGUAAAAAAAAGUACCAAGUAAAUGGUAGAGAUCUUCACUUCCUGUUAAAACUGCAAAGGGGGCAGCUCCAUAUUAGUGCGUUUGAAUUUAAAAAUGGGAUGUCAUAAAAACUCCUGCAAACUUAAUGUAAA